CCCCCAGCAGGGGGAAUGAAGCAGUGCAGCUGGGAGCAGAGCAUGGCCAACACGUUUGUCACCGUCCCCGACGGGUACUGUCUCCCCGAGCCCAUCCAGUACUAUGACGUUCUACCGGAGCACAUCAACUACCAGCUGCCAGACACGGAUUUCCAGAGUGCCCCUUACUGCCAGUACUCAGCAGUGCCAGUUCCUGCCCCGGCACUGCAGUCCCAGCCCCCUCUGUCCCCAUAUGGCACAUACGGCCUGGACCCUCCCUACAGCGACGGGCCCUGCGUCGGCAGCAGCUGCGAGCUGAGCAAAGCCCCGUUCGUGGCUCCCCCCGGGGAUGACGGGGGGUACCAGGGGUUAAAGAGGCCGAGGCUGCCCCACCCGGUGAGGCUGAGGGGGCAGGAGGAGCUGUGUGUCGUGUGUGGGGACAAGGCCUCUGGGUACCACUACAACGCCCUGACCUGCGAGGGCUGCAAAGGGUUCUUCCGCCGCAGCAUAACCAAGAACGCGGUGUACCGGUGCAAGAACGGGGGGCACUGUGAGAUGGACAUGUACAUGAGGAGGAAGUGCCAGGAGUGUCGCCUGAAGAAGUGCAAAGCUGUGGGAAUGCUGGCAGAAUGUUUGCUGACUGAAGUCCAGUGCAAGUCAAAGCGACUCAGGAAGAAUUUCAAGCAGAAGAGCAGUUUCCUUUGCAACAUAAAGCUGGAAGAUGAGGGACUGAACAGUAAGCAUGUAUCAUCUACAACAAGAUCUGGAAAAAUCCCAGAGAAGAUGGAACUUACCCCAGGGGAACACCAGCUUCUCGACCACAUUGUAGCAGCACACCAAAAAUACACAAUUCCCCUCGAGGAAGCCAAGAAGUUUCUGCAAGAAACUGCGAGCGCUGAGGAGAGUUUUCUGCGGCUCUCUGAGACAGCCGUCGUCCACGUCCAAGUGCUGGUGGAUUUCACAAAGAGACUUCCAGGAUUUGAAAGUUUAGCCAGUGAGGACCAGAUUGCACUGCUGAAAGGGUCAACAGUUGAGGCAAUGUUCCUGCUGUCAGCCCAAAUAUACAACCAGAGAAUGAGCCAGUGCCAACCAUCAACAAGUGAGAGUCAUGCAAGACUUUCUGAUCAUGGGACAUGUUGUCACGUUCAAAGCCUUGAUAAAAACAACAUUUAUUCCAUGGAAAUGUCUCACAAUGAAGAGAGUCCAACUUCCACUACUACCACAGGCUUAACGGAGGAGUUCAUCACCGCCCUGUUCUACUUCUACAGAAGCAUGGGGGAACUCAAAGUCACCGAGACCGAGUACGCCCUGCUCGUAGCAACCACCGUGUUCUUUUCAGACCGCCCGCUCCUGAGGGACAAGCGCCACGUGGAGGAGCUGCAGGAGCCGCUGCUGUGGAUCCUGUACAAGCACUCGAAGCUGCAGCACCCGGGGGACCCGCAGCGCUUCGCGCGGCUCCUGGGGCGCCUCACGGAGCUGCGCUCGCUCCGCCACGCCCACGCGGGGGCGCUGCGCGCGCGGGACCCGCGCCUGGCCGCGCCCCUGCGCGACCUCUGGGACCUCCACUAG